UCGAGAUUUAGAAGUGAAAACCGGAUGAUAUCCGUCAAUUUUACAAAGUGCAAAAUUUCGAUUCUCAUGUUGCAGAAUCUCACGAAUGUGGAAUAUUUUACGCGAAAAAAGUGGUGAAAUUAAUUAUCUAGUCGAUUGAGAAAAAUGGGGAAGGCAAAGAAAGGAAGACGCGCUGACAAGGACGACGAAUUUGAAAGUGAUGCGGAAAUAGAACAGGAAAAUAAUGAUCAGAAGGCAAAAACGAAGGGGAAGGACAAAAAGAAGAAGAAAGGAGAUGAAUUAGACGAUUUGGCCGAUGAUAUGAGUGAAUUAAAAGUCGACAAAUCGAAAACAUCGAAAAAAGAUAAGAAGUCAAAGAAAGGAGGCGAUGAUUCCGACGAUGAAAUGGAAAUAAUGUCAAAAGCAAAAGGAAAAAAAGGUUCCAUAUCAAUUGAAGAUGGAGAUUCCGAUUCGGAAAAAGAAUCAUCAUCGAAGGCUAAUUUGAAGAAUCGAAAGAAUCAAGCAGCAAAAAAAGGUUUUGCCGCAUUGUCCAUUGAUUCAGGAGCUGAUUCUGAGGAGGAAAAAUCGAAAUCAAAAGCUAAGGGUAAAAAGGGAAAGAAAGAUGUUCAAUAUGAUUCGGAAGAUGAGGAAAAUGAGGGACAAAAGCAAAAGGGAAAGAAGAAUAAAAAGGGGAAGAAACAAGUUGAUUCAGAUGAUUCUGAUGUGGAGACGAAAAAGACGAAAGGAAAGUCGAAAAAGGGGAAAAAGAAUGUUGAUUCUGAUGAUGAGGAGGAAGAGUCUGUGAAGAGUAAAGUGGAGGAGGUGAAGGGGAAGAAAGGAAAAGCGAAGGCAAGAAAAGCUUCAGAAUCAGAUGACGAUUUUCCGAUUCAAUCUGUUAAAUCUACGAAGGGAAAUAAAGCAGCCGUGAAAGGAGGAUUUGCCCUUUUAAAUGUUGAGGGAGAUGAUGAUAACGAUGAUGAUGACGACGAUAACAAUGAAGAAGUACUACAAGAAAGUGAAAAUGAAUCAGAGAAAAAGCCAGUUGUUGAUAAAAGUAAAAAUUCAAAGGCACAAACUGCCCAGGAACAGAAGAAAGGAAAGAAAGCAAAAAAGAAGCGAAAUGAUAGCGAAGAGGAUAUUGAGAAAGUACUUGCUGAAUUAGAAAUGGAAUAUUCUGGUCAGAAGAAGGAAGCAGUUGAGGUGCCGAAACCCGAAGAAGAUGAAAAGAAGAAGGCCAAGGAAGGCAGUCAAGAGAAAGAGAAGAAGGUCGAAAAGGAUGAGGGAAAAGAUGAUGAUGAUCAGGAAGCUAGUACAAUGAAAACAGCAGCUCAGAAAAAGAAGGAAAAGAAGGAGCGCGAAAGACUGAAGAAGCAGGCCCAGAAGAAAGCCGAAGCCGCUAAAAAAGGCGACGAACCUAAAACUGCAGAUAAACCAGAGGAGGAGACCGUGAAGCCCGAAAAACAAGCGGAAAAAGGCGACGCGGAGGUUGAAGAACCAGAGGAAGAUGAUAAAAAGAAAAAGAAGAAAGGUGCCAAGGAAGAUCCAAAAGACAAAGGAAAAGGGCCAGGAAAGAAGACAAUUCUCGCGAUGCAGGAGGCAUUGAAGAAAGCCAAAGAGGAAGAGGAGCGUUUAGAGCGCGAGGAAGAGGAGAAAAUUCGUCAGGAUGAAUUACGUGAACAGGCGCGUUUAGAACAGAUAAGAUUGGAGCAGGAGCGAAAGGAUAAGAAGAAAUUAAAGGAGAAACAAAGAAAGGAGAGAUUGAAAGCAGAGGGUAAAUUUUUGACUCCAAAACAAAAGCAGGCACAGCAACGAGCACAGGCAAUGCUUGAGGCCUUGAAAGCUCAGGGAAUAAUGCCCGAGAUAGCGGAGAAGAGGCCAAGGCCAGGAACGAGAGUCAAACCAAAUAAAAUGAAAUCUCAAGUCAGCAUUGAGGAGGCAGACGAAAAGAAGAAAAUGGAAACGAAUGAAAAUUCAACUGAAGUGCAAGUUGAAAUAGUCGAUCAACAACCAAAAGUCGAAGAAAUAAAGAAGGAGGACGAAGUCAAAGAUUCUUGGGACGCAGAUUCGAGCGAUGAAGCCGAAGAAGAUAAAUCGGAGGAAGAUCCGAAGUCGACUGAUAAAACAACAUCCAAGGAGGAAACGCCAGCGAAAGAAUCUUCUGAGAGUGAUUCGGAUAUGGACACUGAGUCUGGUUCGGAUUCCGAGGGAGAGAGUGAGGACGAUAGUAGUACGGAGGAUAAAAUGACGGACGCUGAGCGUAAAAAAGAAAGAGCCAGAUUGAGAAUAGAAACGCGAAGAAUUGAGGCUGAGAAGAAGAAGCAUUUGGACGAUUUAAGGGCAGCUGUGGUUUGCGUUUUGGGGCAUGUAGAUACUGGAAAGACGAAAAUUUUGGACAAACUUAGAAGAACGAAUGUUCAGGACGGUGAGGCCGGUGGAAUCACGCAACAAAUUGGAGCAACGAAUGUGCCUAUUGAAGCAAUUCAGGAUUCUACCAAGCAUGUCAAAGGAUUUGCAGACAAGAAAAUAAAAAUUCCUGGUCUACUGAUCAUUGACACACCGGGCCACGAGUCUUUUAGUAAUUUGCGAAAUCGUGGAUCGUCUCUUUGUGAUAUUGCCGUUUUAGUAGUGGAUAUUAUGCAUGGACUCGAACCUCAAACCAUAGAGAGUAUAAAUCUAUUGAAAACAAAGAAAUGUCCCUUUGUCGUUGCACUUAAUAAGAUUGACAGGCUCUACGAUUGGAAUACAAUGAAUCGAAAAGAUGUACAGGACAUCAUUAAAGCACAGUCAAUGAAUACACAGAGGGAAUUUGAAAAACGUUACAAGGAUGUGAUUGUUCAAUUUGCCGAGCAGGGCUUAAAUGCAGCAUUAUUUUACGAGAAUCCGGAUUCAAGGAGUUAUGUUUCCCUGAUUCCAACCAGUGCCAUAACAGGAGAGGGAAUGGGAAAUCUUCUGGCAUUGCUCGUCGACGCUUGUCAAGGUCCAUUGGCCAAGAGAUUGAUGUACAGUGAGGAAUUGCAAGCGACUGUUUUGGAAGUUAAAGCCCUUCCAGGACUCGGAACGACAAUAGAUUGCAUUCUAGUCAAUGGAAUGUUGAAGGAAGGCGACACAAUGAUUGUCGCUGGAACGGAUGGACCGAUUGUUACGCAAAUUCGAUCCCUUCUCAUGCCACAGCCUCUGAAGGAAUUGAGAGUCAAAAAUGCGUACCAAGAGUAUCGGGAGAUUAAAGCCGCUCAAGGUGUUAAAAUUGCCGCCAAGGAUCUCGAGAAAGCGAUUGCCGGUUUGAAUCUUCAAGUCGCCCAGAAACCAGACGAAGUGGAGGUUCUUCGAGAUGAAAUCGCUCAGGAGUUGACUCACGUUCUUGGAAACAUAAAACUUGCCGAGCGAGGUGUUUUCGUUCAGGCAUCGACUCUAGGAGCUUUGGAGGCGCUUUUGGAUUUCUUGAAGAGCAGCAAAAUACCGUACGCUGGCAUUCGUAUCGGACCAGUUGUCAAGAAAGAUGUGAUGAAGGCGUCCAUCAUGUUGGAGCACGACAGUCAAUACGCAACAAUUUUGGCUUUCGAUGUGAAGAUAGAGAGAGACGCCCAGGAAUUAGCGGAUUCCAUUGGCGUCAAGAUAUUCCAAGCAGACAUCAUCUACCAUCUUUUCGACAAGUUCACCGCCUACAGGGAGGAGCUCAAGCAACGAAAACGUGACGAACACAAACACAUUGCCGUCUUCCCUUGCAAGUUGAAAAUUCUUCCACAAUUUCUCUUCAAGACGAGGGAUCCAAUCGUCGCUGGAGUGAUGGUGGAGGCUGGAAUUCUCAAACCGGGAACUCCUGUUUGUGUACCCAGUAAAGAAUUCGUUGAUCUGGGAGUGGUGACGAGUGUCGAGAUCAACCACAAGCCCGUAGAAUUCGCCAGAAAGGGCCAGGAAGUCUGCAUCAAAAUUGAACCCGUACCUGGUGAGGCACCCAAGAUGUUCGGUCGGCACUUUGACGAAAAGGACUUCAUCAUCAGCAAGAUAAGCAGACAAAGUAUAGAUGCCUGUAAAGAUUACUUUAGAGAAGAUCUCGUCAAGACUGAUUGGCAAUUGAUGGUGGAACUGAAGAAACUCUUCCAGAUUCUCUAAAAAAAAGACUUGAGAAAUUAGAGAACUAGAAAAUGUGACAUAUUUUAAUGUGUCUCUUUUAGCUGAACUAUCAAA